UGUUCCGCAGCAGCUGGUUGAGUUGGAGUCAGAGGGUUCAGAACCGAGCAGAGAACCGUCCGCAGCUCUGAUCACCUCCUUCGAUCAGUUUGAGCCUCAUCGAUCAGCGCUGAUCGGUUCGGAUCGAUGGAUUAGAGGAGGCGCCGAGGCAGAGACAUGGAGUGUGUGUGGCUGCUGUGUGUGUUGGGUGUGUGUGUUGUGGCUCACAGUGGAUUGGACAGAAGUGACCACGCCCACCUGGACCGACACCAUCACCUGGUUUCCCACGGCAACGCAGCCUCAGAUCUGUGUGUGAUAGACCAGCAGCUCUGUCAGGAUGAGAACUCCGUCCUGAGCUUUGAGGCGAUCUGCAGCAUCCAUAAACUGAUGGACGAUGACGCUGACGGGACGGUGGACACGACGGAGACGGACGAGUUCCUCAGGGAGGACAUGAAGCUCCACGACCCCAAAGCCAAACACAGCAGCUUCCACCGGGCCGACCUGCUCAUCAGCGUGGAGGACAUGUGGAACGCCUGGAAGAGCUCUGAAGUGUAUAACUGGACGCUGCAGCAGGUGGAGGACUGGCUAGUCGUCAGCGUUGAGCUUCCUCAGUACACAGAAACCUUCAGGAAACACCGGAUUGACGGCAAGGCCCUGCCCAGGCUGGCGGUGAAGAACACGACUCUCACCAUGUAUGUGCUGAAGAUCUCAGACCGAAGCCACGCCCAGAAGCUGCAUCUCAAAGCCCUCGACAUCGUUCUGUUCGGACCGCCGCCAGGGCGACAGAACCGCUGGAAGGACCUGGUUCUGGCCAUGUCCAUCCUCAUGGCGCUGGGUGGCUGCUGGUUCGCCUACGUCCAGACCCGAAAGUCCAGAGACGACCUGGGGAAGCUGACGAAGGAUCUGGAGGGUCUACAGAGGGCCGAGCAGAGUCUGCUGGACCUGCAGGAGAAGCUGCAGCAGGCGCAGGAGGAGCAGCGCAGCGUCCAGGUGGAGAAGGUGAAGGUGGAGGAGCAGCUGAGGAGCGAGAUCAACUCGGCCAAGCAGGAGGCCCAUCGGCUCCGUGAUCUCCGAGAAGGAACCGAGAACGAGAGGAGCCAGCAGAAAUACGCCGAGGAGGAGCUGGAGCAGGUCCGCACGGCACUGAGGAAGGCGGAGAGGGAGCUGGAGUCGCGGGUUCGUUGGCUGCCGCCGGACGCUCUGCAGAAGUGGCUGCAGCUGACGCACGAGAUCGAAGUUCAGUACUACAACAUCAAGAAGCAGAGCGCCGAGAGGCAGCUGCUGCAGGCCAGAGAGGGGGCAGAGAAGAUUAAGAAGAAGAGGAGCUCUCUGUUCGGGACGUUCCAUGUGGCUCACAGCUCCUCGCUGGAUGACGUCGACCACAAGAUCCUCUCUGCAAAACAGGCCCUGGCCGAUGUGACGGCGGCGCUGAAGGAGAAGCUCCACCGCUGGCAGCAGAUCGAGUCUCUGACCGGCUUCUGUCUGGUUAACAACCCGGGGGUGGGAGCGCUGGCCGCGGCUCUGAACCUGGACCCGUCCUUCCUGGGCCUCAGACCUCCGACCCCCCAGCACCUCCUGCUCUCAGACGACCUGGACGACAUGGACGAGGACAUCCUGUCUCCAGGGACGCUGCAGUACGCAGCGUGGCAGAUGGACCGGCGCGUCAGCGACCUUUGGCCUCUGGGCGGCAUCGCGGACACCCAGUCACCAUGGAAACAAUCCGCCCAGAGCCUGAUGCCCCUGCGACCACGGAUGGGAGACCCCGCUCUGGCGUUCAGCUCUCAGAGGGACAUCAUGAAUCGCUCUGACUCUGACUCUGCCCUGCCGCUGUCUCUGAGCGAAUCACGAGGCCUGUACUGCUCCAAGCCCCACCUCCUGCCCUCCAGGCUCCACCCCCUGCAGGCGGGUUCUGGUCUCAGUGGAGGAGGUCUGGAGAAGAGCUCCAGCCUGGUAGAGCUGAGGGGCAGCCCCGCCGCCGGCCUCACCACCUCCUGCUCCACCCGCUCCCUCUGCAUCACCUCGGAUGCGGUCGAUAGGCCAGCCAUCUUCUCCUCCUCUGCCUCGUCCAGCUCAUCGGGCAGCGCUCGGGGGGCGGGGCUUCAGCCUCCAACCAGGAAGAGCCCCGCAGAAGAGGAAGGAGGCGAGGAGGUCGAGUCGACCAGCAGCCGGAGGAGAAACGCUUUUAAUAAGAUCUUCAAGAAGAAGCAGGGACGCCACUGAAUGAAACCUGCUUUCACCUCAUGACCUUCAUCUUCAGGGCUCCAGCCUGCGACCAAAGAUCAGCCAGGUGGGACUAAACGUUUCAUUGGUCACUGGUGCUCCUGACGUUCAGCAGGUCUAUCUGAGCGUCUCAGAACGGCCGUCCAGGUAGAUUAAACCACCUGGAGAACUCCUUAUUUCACUGUUUUCAUAGUAAAUAAGCAGUGAGGAGUCAGAAGCCAAAGAGAACUAACUUUUACCAACUAAAAGUUUCAAGAAGCAAGUCAGAUUAUCCUGAUGGAAAAGAGCGAAACAUUUAUCUGCACCUUUAUUCCCAUUCAAAGUCAUUUAAAUCAUAUGGUGAGAAAUUACUGAAAUCAUAUAUAUAUAAUAUCUAAUAAUUAGGUGAAUGGGAACUGACAGAAAAUUUGAGGGAAAAGUUUCUGAUACGCCCAAAGUGAUAAAGAUGGAUGCACCAGUGGAACCAAUGUUAAGAGUUAGUCUGAUCCUGAUCGCUUUCAUCACAGGGAACAUCCGAUUUUCACAUUUCUGCUUGUAUUUAAUGGCUGUGUUUGACUCUAUCUCUUCACUAAACUGAGAAAAGACCAGAUUUGGACUCACUGUGGCAAAAACGACACCAAAGAAGAACAAGAGGAGAACUGAAGGAGGUUUUCUAUUUAACCCUCUAAACUCCAAGCAUCUCGAGGCGUUUCUUUUUUUUCUUUUGUUUCUGUCACAUUUCUCCUCACUGUGGACUCAUUUUUCACUCAAUAUUAAGUCCUCUAUGGAAACAGAACAACUGUGAAGAAGGAGAAGGAACUCAGAAAUGAUGUCAUUGAUCAUUAAAAAAGACAAAAUAAUAAUGCUGAAAUUCUUGGAUUAUUUACAUUAAAGAAACUGGAAAAAAAAACCUGCAACAUUUUUCCACGUGCACACAAUAUUAAAGUAAAAAAGUUGGCUCCACAUGCUAUAGAUAUUGUUACAAAUACAGAUGUUUGCUUCCGUUAUGAAUUUGUCUUCUUACUCAUUGCUGAAAAGUCAGAUUUUGUGUCACGUGACUUUUGAUCACAGCUGGUAACUAAUGAAUUCACAAUAACGCUGCUGAGUGCUGAUUUUUUGGGUUUUUUUUUUAUAGGAUGUGGUUCCAGCAAAUCAUUUAUUGUUGGCAGAUUUUUAAACUUCAAGUGAUUUUUUUAUUUAAAAAGUCCAACAUUUAAGCUUAGAUUUAGUUCAGUUAUCAAACAAAACAGCAUGAGUAGUUCAAGGACAGAACAUUCUUACAAUCUCUGGAGAAUAAAUGGUGUCAUUUUGGUGAUUUUUAAUUAUUCUUUUAAAGCUAUGCCUUUCAAACCUGCUGGCGGGUUUUGUUGGAGUUGAGAGGGUUAAAAGUUGUAAACCUGCAGCAGCUCUAUCAGUCUAACAGUGUCAUAUUUUUAUAUUGUACUUUUACUACAGUAGAGAUCUAUUAAGAAAUACAAACUCUGAAGAUGACUGAGGUUACAGUUCAGGUGAUGAGCACGACAAUCGUCUGUAGAUUUUAUUUGAAAUGUGUAUUUUCAGUGACAGUUUCUGAUUUUAUUCGGAGUGUUUUGGAAGCUGAAGGUCUUCUGAUGCUGCCUGACGCCGGGUUUUCUCGUCCCAAAGUUGGAGCAGAGAACGUGUUUUCUGUUUGGUUUUGUUCACCUGCUGAGGAAACGUACGAUUCUAAGAUCAAGCAGCAACAGAGCAGCUGAUGUUAGGUUUUAAAUCCAGUGGUUUACUCUGGAUAAAUGCGUUUAUUUAAAGAAAGCAGCUGCUGUCAAAGGACUUUAUCACCCAGAAAACUAAAGAGAGAAUCCUGUUUUAUUUAUACAUCUAAAUUGAGCAAUAAAAAGCUGUUUUCAUUGA